AUGUUCCUUAGGCCUUUGACUUUACAAUUGGAACAGUUAGAUGUUCUAACUCCCAUACAUAAAGCUUAUUCCUCUAGGUUAGGGUUCAUUUUACAAUAUGAAAACGAAAGUUACUAUCGAGAUUUCUAUCGCAACCCUUUUACUAAGCCUUUAUGGACUUCUCUCUGCAGCAUGGCAAUUCUACUCAGUAUAAUCUUUUACUUUCUGAAGAAAUGUGAGUUUAGAAUGAUUGGAGGAUUUGAAUGCAGCUACCCUUAUGAACUUCUUAUGGUUGUUGGAGGAUAUUGUCAGCAUAUUCCUCCAAUAGAAGCCAAGCUGAUCUCACGUAGGAUUGCCUACCUCACGUUCUUCUUCUUCGCUUACACCAUAUACACGUACUACACCUCAAAUCUCCUGUCUCAUCUUGUGAAUGACAAGGACACUGGGAUUACCCUACACAGCUUGGCAGAAACUCAUAUGGAAGGUGUCGUUGCAGAUUAUAUAAUGAUGUCGAUAGCGGAUUAUGUAAGUAAGAAUUAUUGUUAUUUAAUAGUUACGGAUUAA